CAACACAAAACCAUAAAACAUUGUACCUUAAUCAACAAACAAAAGUACAAAACAACACAACUAAAACACACCCUCAAAUCUUCUCUCACAACAUUGCAUCCAACUCAAAUCAUCAGCCAUUAAAGAUCUUACAACCCAAAUGGGGACAAUUGGAUUUGCAAAUUUUGGGUUUUGUUUAAAACCCAACAAGCAAAAGGUUCAUGCAACACAUUCUGUUAUUGCUGCAACAAAGAUUGAUGCAGAUUCAGAAGAAAAUGUUAAGGUUUUGGGGAGAAGAACUGCACUUGUUUCUGGUGUUUCAUUGGUUUCUUCAGCAACUUUGUUUGGGUUUCCAAAAGAUGGAUUGGCUGUUGUUAAACAGGGACUUUUAGCCGGUCGGAUUCCGGGCUUGUCUGAACCUAAUGAACAAGACAGGUUGGAGGACUUAUAGGAGACCGGAUGAGAAAUCAGGAGGACAUGGAGUCGGGUGGAGUCCUAUUAUCCCGUAUAUCUUUCAAGUACCUGAUGGUUGGGAAGAGACACCGGUAUCAAUUGCUGAUCUCGGAGGAACAGAGAUCGAUCUAAGAUUUAGUAACACAAGCGAAGGCCGACUUUUUGUCAUCGUUGCACCCGUCUUAAGAUUUGCAGAUUAUCUAGAAGAUGAUGCGCGGAUAGAAAAAAUCGGGCCUCCAGAGAAAGUGAUUAACGCGUUUGGGCCAGAGGUGAUCGGAGAGAAUGUAGAGGGUAAAGUGGUCAAUAGCCAAGUUAAAGAAUAUUCUGGUAGAAAGUAUUAUCAGUUCGAGUUGGAGCCGCCACACUGUUUGAUCACAGCAACUGCUGCUGGAAACCGCCUUUACCUGUUUAGCGUACUUGCAAAUGGUUUGCAGUGGAAGAGACACAAUCAGGACUUGAAGAAAAUAGCCGAUUCUUUCAGGGUUGUAUAGACGCGAUUACAUACAGUUGAUAAUAUAGACGGUCUAUUUGUUAUAAAGCAAUGCGAUAUUGCAGACCGUUUAAAACUUUAUGUAUGCAUUUUGGAUUAUAAAGUUAAUGAAGAUGAUUUAGAAACAUUAGUGUCAAGAAAGUGACUAUGAUAAUCUUGAUGUUAAUGUUCUAGAUGACAAUGAUGUUUCUUGUUGAAA